AUGAUAAAGUGGGCUCGUGCAAUUGGUUGUCCAUGGGAUGAAAGUACAUGUUCUUGGGCUGCUUUAGCUGGACAUUUGGAAAUUCUGAAGUGGGCUCGUGCAGACGGUUGUCCAUGGGAUGAAAAUACAUGCUCAAGGGCUGCUCGAUGUGGACACUUGGAAGUCUUGAAGUGGGCUCGUGAAAAUGGUUGUCCGUGGGAUACAGAAAGGACAUGUGAAUAUGCUGCUAUAGGUGGACAUUUGGAAAUUUUGAAGUGGGCUCGUGAAAAGGAGUGUCCAUGGGAUGAACAGACAUGCCAAGCCGGCGCUCGAAAUGGUAAUUUGGAUUUUCUAAAGUGGGCACAUGACAACGGUUGUGAAUGGGAUGAGUGGACAUGUGCCUAUGCUGCUGAGAAAUGCCAUUUGGAAGUUUUAAAGUGGUUGCAUGCAAAGGGUUGUCCAUGGGAUGAGGAUACAUGUGAAUAUGCUGCUCGAAAUGGACACUUGGAAUUGCUGAAGUGGGCUCAUGCAAAUGUAUGCCCAUGGGGUGCGUGGGCGUGUUCCUCUGCCACUCGAGAGGGUCAUUUGGAAAUUUUGAAGUGGGCUCAUGUAAAUGGUUGUCCAUGGCCUGAACAUACAUGUGGAGAUGCUGCUGUAUUUGGACAUCUGGAAAUUUUGAAGUGA